GAGAAAAGCAGCAUUCACUCGGCAAUCAGUGCAGCAUAUGGCUGAAAUCCAUUAUCUGACACACUCUUUCCAGCCUUCCCAGGAAUGCUGGGCUGACUGCUAGGAUUUGCUUUUACUUCCUGACUUUGGAUACAAUGAGCCUGCCAACCAGCUGUGAUCACCUAACUCUGGGGAAGGUGGCUAGAUUCCGAAGCGCUUAUGUUCAUGGAUCGCCUUACGCAAUCAACAAGCCAAUUGAUAUUAAGCCACAAAGGAGACGUUUCGACGUGGACAAUGGCACAUCUGCGGGACGGAGUCCCUUGGAUCCCAUGACUAGCCCAGGAUCUGGGCUAAUUCUCCAAGCAAACUUUGUCCACAGUCAACGCCGGGAGUCCUUCUUGUAUCGAUCCGACAGCGAUUAUGACCUCUCUCCAAAGUCUAUGUCCCGAAACUCCUCCAUUGCCAGUGAUAUACAUGGAGAUGACUUGAUUGUGACUCCAUUUGCUCAGAAGAUCACCCAUGUGUAAUCAACCAUCCAUCAACAAAGCCACCAUCACAGAGGAGGCCUACCAGAAACUGGCCAGCGAGACCCUGGAGGAGCUGGACUGGUGUCUGGACCAGCUAGAGACCCUGCAGACCAGGCACUCCGUCAGUGAGAUGGCCUCCAACAAGUUUAAAAGGAUGCUUAAUCGGGAGCUCACCCAUCUCUCUGAAAUGAGUCGGUCUGGAAAUCAGGUGUCAGAGUACAUAUCAAACACAUUCUUAGAUAAGCAGCAUGAAGUGGAAAUUCCCUCUCCAACUCAGAAGGAAAAGGAAAAAAAGAAAAGGCCAAUGUCUCAGAUCAGUGGAGUCAAGAAGCUGAUGCACAGCUCCAGCCUCACCAAUUCAUGUAUCCCAAGGUUUGGGGUUAAAACAGAACAAGAAGAUGUCCUAGCCAAGGAACUAGAAGAUGUGAACAAAUGGGGUCUCCAUGUUUUCAGAAUAGCAGAGCUGUCUGGUAACCGGCCUCUGACUGUCAUCAUGCACACCAUUUUUCAGGAACGAGAUUUAUUAAAAACAUUUAAAAUUCCAGUAGACACAUUAAUUACAUAUCUUAUGACUCUUGAAGACCACUACCAUGCUGACGUAGCCUAUCACAACAACAUCCAUGCUGCAGACGUUGUCCAGUCUACUCACGUGCUAUUAUCUACACCUGCUCUGGAGGCUGUGUUUACAGAUUUGGAGAUUCUUGCAGCAAUUUUUGCCAGUGCAAUACACGAUGUAGACCAUCCUGGUGUUUCAAAUCAAUUUCUGAUCAAUACAAAUUCUGAACUUGCCUUGAUGUACAAUGACUCUUCUGUCUUAGAGAACCAUCAUUUGGCUGUGGGUUUUAAGUUGCUCCAGGAAGAAAACUGUGACAUUUUCCAGAAUCUGACCAAAAAGCAAAGACAAUCUUUAAGGAAAAUGGUCAUUGACAUUGUUCUUGCAACAGACAUGUCGAAACACAUGAAUCUACUGGCUGAUUUGAAAACUAUGGUUGAAACUAAGAAAGUAACAAGCUCUGGAGUUCUCCUUCUUGAUAAUUAUUCUGAUAGGAUUCAGGUCCUUCAGAAUAUGGUGCACUGUGCAGAUCUGAGCAACCCAACCAAGCCUCUCCAGCUGUACCGCCAGUGGACAGACCGGAUAAUGGAGGAGUUCUUCCGCCAGGGAGAUAGGGAGCGGGAGCGCGGCAUGGAGAUCAGUCCCAUGUGUGACAAGCACAAUGCAUCUGUGGAAAAAUCACAGGUGGGCUUCAUAGACUAUAUCGUCCAUCCACUCUGGGAGACAUGGGCAGACCUCGUACAUCCUGAUGCCCAGGACAUUUUAGACACUUUGGAGGACAAUCGUGAGUGGUACCAGAGCACAAUCCCUCAAAGCCCCUCUCCUGCACCUGAUGACCAAGAAGAGGGCCGGCAGGGCCAAACUGAGAAAUUCCAGUUUGAACUAACUUUAGAGGAAGAUGGAGAGUCAGACACCGAAAAGGACAGUGGAAGUCAAGUGGAGGAAGACACUAGCUGCAGUGACUCCAAGACUCUGUGCACUCAAGACUCGGAGUCCACAGAAAUUCCCCUUGAUGAACAGGUUGAAGAGGAGGCCGUGGGGGAAGAAGAAGAAAGCCAGCCCGAAACUUGUGUCAUAGAUGAUUGUUGUCCUGACACGUAACAGUGUAAAGACUGUCACGCUUUUUUUUUUUUUUAAGUAGAAAUAUUGUUUCCAAAGUGCAUGUCACAUGCCACAACCAUGGUCACACCUCACUAUCAUCUGCCAGGACGUUUGUUGAACAAAAUUGACCUUGAACUACUCAGUCUGGCGCUCAGGAAUAUCGUAACCCGUUUUUUCACCUCCAUGUCAUCAGAGCAAGGGGGACAUUUUCAUGAACAUGAUUUUAACAUGAUUUCAGCUUGGUAGAGCUGACAGAGCAGAUAAAAUCAACUCCAAAAUGUUUUCAAGAGAGCGUGGCUCAUCAGGCUGUCCAGAAGUACAGUGGAUUGGAGAUUCCUUGCUGGUUUGUUUGUAACAUUUUAAGAAGAAAAAAGGCAUUUCACAGAUGGAAUGAGCUUACUAGAUGAAGCAACAAAAAUGUCAUGAAUGUGUCUGUUCCUAGGAGAAGGAUGAGCCACGGAUAUUGUAUAAUUUUCUAAUUUCAAGUCUUCCUGAUACAUGACUGAAUAGUGUGGCUCACUGAGCUGCACUCACCUCUACAUUUUGUAUGAUAUGUAAAACAGAUUUUUUGUAGAGCUUACUUUUAUUAUUAAAUGUAUUGAGGUAUUAUAUUUAAAAAAAAAAAAACUCUGUUCAGAACUUCAUCUGCCACUGGUUAUUUUUUUCUAAGGAGUAACUUGCAAGUUUUCAGUACAAAUCUGUGCUACACUGGAUAAAUCUAAUUUACAAAUUUUACUUGCACCUUAUAGUUCAUAGCAAUUAACUGAUUUGUAGUGAUUCAUUGUUUUAUAUAUACCAAUGACUUCCGUGUUUUCAAACAGGAAAGACAACUUUAUGUUGCUGGAAACCCUUUUUGUAAGUGUUCGUUGACUUUGCUUUGGAUUUCACUUCUUCCCUCACCAGGAGAGUUGCUCUCCGUCAGUGUUUUUCUUCAUGAUGUACAAAGUGAGUAUUUGUUCUGUAAUGCUUCACUGUGCAUUAUGUCAAAUAUGUCUGAAGCCUCGUAGACACUCAGUCAUCAGUUGGUGUUGUCUGAAGCAAAUGAGAGAUCUAUAAAUACCUAGUAGCUAAAAUGGUCAGUCUUUUUUAGACAUUUUCCUACCUGGCGUCUUCUGAUGACUUUUUGCCAUGUCGAAAGACAUCCAUUUCACAAGUUAGAGUCCUUGUAAUGGCCACACAUUUCAUGCUCCCUCUAUCGUUUUUUCACAGCCAGUUAUAGUAACCAAAACACUUUCCCCUUGUACUGCUCUAUUCUCUGUGCACCAGCCUCUGUUCGUGUGUUCUAGAUGGGGUCUCAUCAAGUGUGUCACUACCAUUCUGACUGAUGAAAGGAAGCAGGUAGUCAGGGUUGACAUUCAUUUCUAGCAUAGGGUUGUAUGUCAUGGCUAGCUUUUACUCUGGGAUUGCAGAGGAAAAAUUUUAGCGUGCUGUGCAGGCCGUUUUUAAGGAUCUUAGAAUAUAUUAACAAAUACCAGGACAGCUGUUCUUUCUGUUUCUGUGAGCUCACCAUAGGAGUAAGAACUCCAUGAAAAAUAUCCCUCAGAAGUAGCUUUGAGUGUAGCAGCUACUCUUUCUUAAUGGAUAACCACGUAACAUGUAGGAAUUGUACCCCUGCUCCAUAAGCAUGUCCUAUAGGAGGGAAUACUUUAAACACACUGAACCAGAGUUAAUGCUGCUGGCACUAGGGGGUUGGUUAAGGGAUACAAUACUGUACUGGCAAAUAUUCUGCCUAAAUAUGACAUUAAGAGAUCACUCCUGAUUUCAGUACCAAAAACUCUAUUGGAAUUUUGUGGAUUAAUUCCCAGUGUUUACUUGCUGAUCACAGUUGGCCUCAUGAAGCAUAUCUUUAUGGUGGACUUUCUCCCCACAUCAAAUGUAAAUAAAGGAGUUGCAUUCUCUAGAGUUUGGAGCCCACACAAUCAUUUUUCUCAUUGGCACCCAAGGAUUGAGAUAUAGGGACUAAAGAGGUAUAUGAUCAAAUGGAAGAUGUGUAAGAAAAAUCACAAGUCUGAAAUAUGUGUAUUUAGAACUUCUCAAGAAGUUGGAGCUAUAACUAAGCAAGUAAACCAUCAGCCAAAGAAAUGACUCGAGCUGAACAUACAGUCCCUGUCUCAUCUGAAAUGCAGCUGAUGCUCAGAGCCUUUGGUGGAAAAAUUGUUUCUGAUCUUCUACAUAGGGCAGAAUAAGAACCAUCUGAUUAUCAGAGUUCCACGCUCUUUUCCUUGUAAAGAUCAAGCAGACUAAUCUUUCAAGCACAGGCCUGUGUGAUGGGUGGUUUCCACCAAAACAUUUUGUGUUUGGGAGCCUGUUUCUCUUUUAAUUUUAUUUAUCCCUGAAAGAGGUCCAAAGGGAAAGGCCAAGGGUCUAAGUUUAUUCUUCUCACCAAAUCAUUUCGCUUUCUUCCCUACACUUGGUAUUUCCCUCACAGAGUGCCUGGAAUCUUCAUAAUAAAAAGAAAUUUAAAAACAGCAAUAUGUCAUUAACAAAUUCACACCUGCAAAGGUUUGUAACUGCACUAAUGGAGCCUUUUUUCCCAGCAUGUUGGUUUCUAAUGAUUCUGUGUUGUAAAGAUACCCACUGGACAAUCGAACUCUGGAGGAGGCGUAAUAUCCAAGAGUUAGGGACUAAUGCACUAUACCUACUAAGCUGUCCCCUUGCCCUCUCUCCUCCUCCCUUUCACCCUUCCCCUCCUCCUCUCUUCUUGUUUUUCUCUCUCUCUCCCUCUUCCCCUCCCUCCCUCCCUCCCUGGCCCCUGUUCUGUUUCGCCAAAGUGUCUUCACAAAUACACACUGUUUUAAAAAGAACAUCUUCAUAUAAGUGGCUUUAUAUUUCUUAAAAUGCCAUAAGAAAAUGCAAUAUCUGGAUACCACACGGGGAAAACCAGAAAUUCAAGUUUGCCUAAAACCAGUACAUUUCAGCUUGCAAGUUACUAAACACAAUAAUGCUGUUUUAAUUUGCUUUCUUUUACAUCACUUACAAGUCACAAGCAAAUAGUGUAGAUAGAACAAAUUGCAUAUAAGGAAAGAAAAAACUUGAAUGAAAUGGAUUUUACAGAAAGCUUUAUGAUAAUUUUGAAUGCAUUAUUUAUUUUUUGUGCCAUGCAUUUUUCUCACCAAAUGACCUUACCUGUAAUACAGUCUUGUUUGUCUGUUUACAACCAUGUAUUUAUUGCAAUGUACAUACUGUAAUGUUAAUUGUAAAUUAUCAGUUCUUAAUAAGACAUCAUCCCAUGAUGGGAUGGUGUUGAUGCAUUUGGAAACUCUUGGUGGGAGAAUGAAUGGUGUGUAUACAUACUCCUUGUACAUUUUUCUUUUCUUCUGUAAUAUAGUCUUGUCACCGUAGAGCUUGUUUAUGGAAGAUUCAAGAAAAAUAUAAAAUACAUAAAGAUAUAUAAAUUUAAAUAACAUAGCUGCAGGUCUUUGGUCCCAGGGCUGUGCCUUAACUAUAACCAAUAUUUUCUUCUAUUUUGCUGCAUUUCAAAGUUGGUAAUGGUAGAGUUAGGGCUGGGCAUUUUAUAUUGAAACUUUACACUGAUUGGAUUUCUGGCAGUAGCUGGAUUUGAUCACAGAUCACGGCUGGAGGACCUUGUGACCUUUUUGAGAUACAAGCUGUUAAGUACUUCUUGCCAUGGAGCAAUGUUGCAGGCACGGUGAAUUUUGCUGGCUCUGUAUCAGGAGCCACCACGUCACCUAGGCCUAUACAAUUGAUUUCUUUUGUUUCCAAACACAUACUAGGAAAAUAUUCUUCUUCAGUGAUUGUAGAAAGGUUUUGUGGUUUCUAGCUCUCAUGGGAAGAUGAGCCCAUGAACUGGAGCCUUAGGUCACUCAUCUUCAUUAGUCCUCUGUUUAACCACCUCCUUGAUGUUCUAAGAAAUUAGAUAAUUUUUAGUACUAAUAUUUCUCUCCAAGAUCAACCAAAUUCAUAUGUGUAAUACAUGUACACAUAUAUACAUAUUUAUAUGUAAAUCGUCUAAACACAAAGUUACAUAUGAUGCUAAUGCACACAGUAUGAAGAAGUCACUUCUUUCUAAAACUGUUCCUGAAAAAUGUAUGUCCAUGGCAAAUGACUCACUGUGACCUUGUGCAGUGGCUGCCUCCUGAAAGCCAUGAGAGAUUCCUAGUGGAAAACGUGGACACCACUUCCCACUCCUGCCCAGCCCUUGAAAUGUGUGACUUAUCAAUGAAAAGAGAGAUUCUUUUUUCUAGGAAAAAACGAGCCUCCUAUUAUUUCAUUUUGUUUUUUGACACAAACUGUAGAUUUUAGCAGCCCUGGCCCAAAGGAAUUUGAGUACUUUUGUUUUAAACAGUACAAUGGAGACACUAUAAUUAUAAAAUACAUCCUUACUGAUUUCAGUUUUUUAAUUAUUUUAUUUCUUUGGACAUGUUUUCAGAGUGAUAAAUUGUGUGUGAGCAUCACAAAUGAUGAUUCUUUUAGUGGUUUCUUAGCCUCUCUUACAGCCCAUGAGGAUAGUACUGUACAUCAAUACCUUCAUAUAAAAUUUUUAUAUGCAAUGAAAAUAAAAGCAUGGGUUGAUUCUGCCUA